AUGCACUUUUGAUACGUCUGGGCUGAUGAUAAAGAACAUUGCGAGGAGUAUGGUCGCAUGCUUCAAGCUGAUCCGAACAAGGUUUCCUCACGUGCCAAAAAGCGUGGUCUUCCCCAGUUGGGGACUCUGGGUGCUGGAAAUCACUAUGCCGAGAUUCAAGUUGUGGAGGAGAUUUUCGAUCGUCAUGCCGCGACAAAAAUGGGUAUUGAUCAGCUCAAUCAAGUCGUACUGAUGAUUCAUUGUGGCAGUCGAGGAAUGGGACACCAAGUCGCAACGGAUGCUCUGGUUGCCAUGGAACGCGCAAUGAAACGGGACAAAAUUGAGGUAAACGAUCGCCAGUUAGCUUGUGCUCAUGUGGACUCCCCAGAGGGUCAGGACUAUCUCAAAGCAAUGGCUGCGGCGGCCAACUAUGCUUGGGUCAAUCGAUCCUCUAUGACAUUCCUUGCCAGACAGGCUUUUGCAAAAAUUUUCAACUCCACACCGGAUGAUCUGGACAUGCAUAUUAUCUACGACGUAUCGCAUAACAUUGCCAAAGUGGAAGAACACUGGGUAGACGGCAAGAUCAAAACAUUGUUGGUACACCGGAAGGGAUCUACGCGUGCAUUCCCGCCGCAUCAUCCACUGAUUCCAGUUGACUAUCAGGUGAGCAAAGAUUUCAAUGAGAUAUCGUGUCUGCGUUUUUUGUUUACUGAAAUGUACAUAGCAAAACAAUCUCCCUCCCGUUGUUACCUCACAAUUUAUUCCCUUCUUAGUUCGGAAAUUGAAAUCCAAUUGAAAUCCACCGGAUGUAAGUCUAUUGCACCGGAUGCUGUUGACUUGUCGUAUGAGGAUCUCGACAACUUGAAAGCUCUCCCGCGUGAAUCGUGA